GCAGUGCGUUGUAGUAUUUUCAAGGGGGGGAUAUUUCGCUGCUACACGCGAUGUUUGUGGUUUUCCUUGAAUCGGUCCGAAGUUGCAAUGUCGUAAACACCUAUGAACCAACAUUUAAGCGACAAGAAAAACGUUUUAUACUAGUCAGUUAGCUAUAACAUUUUUCUGUCUGCCCGAAGUUCUGUAAAACAUGCUGUCAAAUCUGUGACGUAUGGAAAUUUGCGGAACACCACAAGUAACAUUGAGGAAGUAGCUAGCUAGAUUGCUAGCUAAUCGGACAGCUGUGUAAGAAUAACGUUAGAUAGCUGUUUAUGUAGCUGUUGUUUAAUAAUCGAUUUAAUUCGUUUUUAAUCAUGGACCAAGCAGUCAGCGUCAAUGCAGACCCAGAUAUGCCAUCUGACAGUGAAGGUCGUAGCUCGCGCUUGAGAAAUUGGACUGGUUUUUGGUUGCUGGGGUUGUGCAAUAACUUUGCGUACGUGGUGAUGCUGAGUGCAGCCCAUGACAUCUUAAAACAACAAGGGUCUCACAACUCCACAACGCCUACCCCAUCCACAGUUGCCUUGGACGUUGAAGGUGGAAAAAGAAGUAGUUACGGCUGCAGCCCUGUUUCUACCGCGGCUGUUUUGUUGGCUGAUAUUCUUCCCACUCUCAUGAUCAAGUUUUCUGCUCCAUUCUUCGUCCACAAUCUCCCUUAUGGGUAA